UUUGCUUUGUCUUCUCCAAUUUCCAAAAAAAAAUCCAUUAAUAACUCUUUCGUUUCUUCUUAUUCAUCAAAAAAUUUCAAUCAUUUCAAUUUGAUUUAGCUCAUGUCCUAAAUGAUACGCGACCGCCUUGCAGUACGAUUAUUUAAACCAAAAAAAAGUCGCUAAAACUCUUUCUAAUUUCUGAGAGGCCAAUACGAUAACAUGGCGACCCAUGGGACAAAUGAAACGAAAUAAAUGUCGAUGUCCAGCAUUAUAUAAAGCCUUCAAGCCACCUUUGUUAAACACAAUAACCAUCUAUCAAAAUAACACACAUUAACUAGGAAAAUAUACAACAACCAAAAAAAUGGAACAAACAACAGUGACAGAUUUACAUGUAGCAGAUGGAGAGCAUGAGAAAGAAAUAGAAGAUCAAGAAGAGGCCCAAGCCGAUAUAGAAAUUUGGAAAUAUGUGUUUGGUUUCACAGAAAUGGCAAUAGUAAAAUGUGCUAUAGACCUUGGCUUAGCCAAUAUUAUACACACUAAUGGUGGCUCUAUGUCACUCAUUGAGCUAGCUUCUACCCUUAAAUGUUCGCCAUCUUCCCUGUACCGUGUCAUGAGGUUCUUAAAUCACCGGAGAAUAUUUCGCCAAAGCCGAACAAGCCAAGGCACCUUAAUCUACUCUCAAACACCUCUUUCUCGCCGUUUGUUAAGUCACGAGGAAAAUAACAUGGCCGCAUUUAUACUCCUAGAGAGUACACCGGUAAUGUUAUCCCCGUGGCUUGGCCUUAGCAACCGCGUCUUAGAGAAGAGUGGUUCGGCAUUUGAUGCUGCUAAUGGUGAAGAUGUGUGGAGUUAUUCAAGUAAAAAUGUUGCACAUAGCAAGCUUAUUAAUGAUGCCAUGGCUUGUGAUGCUAGGGUGGUAGUGCCUCAAAUUAUCAAGGGGUGCGCUAAUUUGUUUGAUGGUGUUUGUAGUUUUGUUGAUGUUGGGGGAGGAGAUGGUACUACUUCUUCUAUGCUUGUUAGAAGUAUUCCUUCGAUUCAAGGGAUCAACUUUGAUUUUCCUCAUGUUGUGUCUAAUGGAGUGCUUUGUGAAGGAGUGCAACAUGUGGGUGGAAACAUGUUUGACAGUGUACCAAAAGCUGAUGUUGCAUUCAUCAUGUGGGUGUUGCAUGAUUGGGGAGAUGAUGAGUGCAUACAAAUCUUAAAGAAAUGCAAGGAGGCCAUAUCAAAGGAUAAAGGGAAAGUGAUAAUAGUGGAAGCUGUUAUUGAAGCAGAAGACACAAAAGAUGAGUUUGAAAAUGCAAGAUUGCUGCUAGAUAUGGUGAUGUUGGCUCAUACAACAAACGGCAAAGAAAGAACUUUGAAAGAAUGGAGCUGUUUGCUUAACAAGGCAGGGUUCGGCCAUUUUAAUGUACACCCUAUCCAAGCUGUUCAAUCCGUCAUUGAAGCUUUUCCUUGAAUUACUUUUUGCUGGUGUUGUUGCAUGGUUUCUUCUCCAAUAAUGGUGUGUAUCAUUGAAGUAUCUUUGUUAUAUAUAUUAGGUAUUCCAUGCUUUAUUGCUUUAUGUAAACUGUAAUACAGUACAAGAAUCGAAUAAUGGACUGCUUUUUAUGCACAUUUUAAUGUAGCUUUCCAAGUUUCAACUACAUCAGUUAUUAUUAAUUACCA